AUGCCGCCCAGGCGUGGUGUUCCUGUUGGAAGAGGAACACCUUUUAUAAUCAUUAUCGAAGUACUAAUCACAAUUGCCAUUCUGUUCAAAGAUAUGAUGAUGUGGAUACACGCAACACUGAGACGAAUAUCUGCUGAUGCCCCAGUCAUUGCACUGGGUGUAUUCAUUAUUGGUACAGUAUUACAUAUAAGCUUACAAACGGUGCCACCAGAAUCAUCCUCAAAGGUAGACAUAUGGAACUGGAUGGACAAGAAUGGCCUCAAACAGUACAACAAUGUGUUUACAGAGCAAGGUGUAGAAACAACUAAAGACAUUUUGUCUAUGGAACUUGAAAAGAUACCAGAGUUUUCCUCACUGCCUCCUGAUCAACAGCAUGAGCUCAGAAAUGCUUUCAAUGCAUUAAAAGAAGAAACAUACCUUCAGAUAUUACUAGAGAAAAACAAAAUUCCUGCAUCAAUAUUCGACAGGUUGAAAGCCAGAGGAGUAGUGUCUUUACAGACCCUAUCACACUUGUCUGAUCGUGUGAUACAGACAAUCACAGAGACCGACAACACCCUAACUGACUUCCAGAAUCUUAAACAUUGUGUGACACAUGCCAGAGACUACAUAGACAACCGGGAUGAGCUGUACCUCUACAGUCAAGUUGGGAGAGAUUUUGACUCACCGGUCACUCCCUUUGUAAUGAAAGCCUUCAAAAUAGCAUUGACCCUGCUCCUGGGAUCUUUUCUAUUGAUUUUAUUCAUCAUGUUUGAGUGUGUAAGAAGUGUAUUCCAUCGGCGACCUUAUGUGCCAUCUUCAGGAUCUGUGUCCCCCUUCCAUUGGAGACCCCGCUUACCAUCCUCUAGAUCAGUGGCCCCAAUCACACCCUCACUGGCUGUACAGAACUCCGACAAAGGCUGGCUCUGGAACAUUAUAUGGGGCACAAAUGUUUCUGCCCAGUACUGUGUGGUCCAAUGGGGCUGGACAAGUCCCCAUGGUGUCGGCAAUACUAUGUCUUUUACAGUACAGUUGUUCCGAAAAAAUGGCAAACCAUAUGUGAUUGUGAACGAGGACACAAGUAACAUUAUUGUGGAAAUUUUACACCGUGGAAUUAAAGUGGCUUGUACUAAACAGCAAGACAAGGAAGGAGGCAAAUCCAACACAGUGCGUGUGUCCUUUACUGUCCACCGAUCAGGCCCAUACAAAAUCUCUGUCAUGGUUUCAGGGAAGCACAUUAAAGAUAGUCCCUUUACGAGGGAGUUUGAUGCCGGUCCUAUUGAUGCUAGUAGGACAGGGUUUACCAACUAUUGUUCUACGAUAGUAUGUACUCCGGGCACUCCUUACCCCCUCACCAUAGAAACACAGGACUCCUUCGGGAACCCAGCUGUCUACAAAGCAGACCAAAACCAUUACUUCAAAAUCAAAGUUAUAGAAACAGAAAGCCAAACCAAGUAUAUGCCUGUCACUCAACUGGUCAACAUGCCGGACAAGAAACAGCUUAACAUGCGGAUCACUAUGUGUAGAGAAGGCUGCUACCAAGCCUCCGUUUCCUACGGUGACAUGAAGCUGAGAAACGGAGAUUUUAAUAUUCUAGUCAUUAACAGUGAGGACAUGGCUUGUGUCAAAAAGAACAUGGCACGCAAGACUCACAGCAUUUGGUACGAGGCCCGACUUCUACAAGGAAACCCAUCUUCUGAAGAAAAGGCUAAGAAAGUGUAUGUCUAUAUAUCUCCUAAGCAACUAACAUUAAAAGAGUAUUACCUGAAAAUAAUUGGCAAGAAGCUGUUCACAUGGCGAGUUUGUCCAUCAACAAAGUUUUACUUCAGUGGCCACAAUACUCGAUAUGACCUCCCAGUGAUGACAAUCUAUGACUGCUGCCAGCCUCCAGUCAUUCUAGCGACCAAAGAACGCAGUGUCAUAGCAGCUACAUUCACCAACUUCUUACUCAGGAAUAUUGGUGGUUCUGAAACAUUCCAAGAUAAACAUGCAUAUUUUGUCCAGGAAGUAAGAAAACUUCAGAAAAGAGGAAAUGUCACGCUUAAGAUAGACCGUUCCAACUUCUUGUAUAGUUCGUACAAAGCAACAAAAAACUUUGACACAUCUGACUGGUACAAGACUUUUCACAUUGUCUUUGUUGGGGAGCCAGGGUUAGACUGGGGUGGACUGAGGAGGGAGUGGUUUGAGAUGCUUUGUACAGAGCUGUUUGAUCCAUCUCGAUCAGGACUGUACACACGAUUUACAGAAGAUUCACAAGGUUUGGUACAUCCGACUCCUACCUGUCGCAGGAAACAGGAACUGAAGUUGAAGUACUAUGAGUUCGCAGGGAAGGUAGUGGGCAAGUGUUUGUAUGACUCAGCCCUGGGCAGUGCCUAUAGACAAUUAGUUAAGGCCAGAUUCUCAAGGUCAUUCCUCGCACAACUCAUUGGCCUCCAGGUCAACUACAAGUACUUUGAGACAGAUGAUCCUGAGUUGUAUAAAACGAAGGUUCAAUUUAUAGACGAGAAUGAUAUAGAUGACAUGGAGCUGUCAUUUUCUGAAGAGGAGUACUCUGAUGGACAGCUCCAACGAGUGGUAGACCUUGUUCCUGGUGGCAGCAGUAAACCGGUGACCAAUGAAAACAAGCAGCAUUACCUGAACUGUCUGGCUCAGUAUAAAUUGUCCAGUAGCAUGAAGGAUGAGGCUGACCAUUUCCUCAAAGGUCUUAACGUCCUCAUCCCUGACACACUCCUCAGUAUAUUUGAUGAGAAUGAACUAGAGCUGCUGAUGUGUGGUACAGGUAACUACAGUAUAACAGACUUCAAAGCUCAUGCUGUGAUAGAGGGCUCAUCCUACCAUUUCUUCAAGGUUCUAGACUGGUUCUGGACUGUGAUUGCAAGCUUUACAGAAGAACAAAUGGCACGUCUGCUGCAGUUUACCACUGGCUGUUCUCAGCUUCCUCCUCAGGGCUUUGCUGAGCUUAAUCCAAAAUUUCAAAUAUCAUUUUCACCUACCUACAACACCUUACCUACAGCACACACCUGCUUUAACCAGCUGUGUUUGCCAGACUAUGAUUCUAUAGACAGUUUCCACAGAUCUCUGUUAAUAGCCAUCAAUGAGGGGGCCCAGGGCUUCGGACUUGUGUGAUAAUAUGUUCUUUAAUGACUGGGGUCUACAGUACAGUAGACACAACAUCACAGCUACUUAAGGACAGGAGCAAAGAAACUUGGAGUAACCACAACAAAGUAUAGAUACUUUGUAAGCACAACAAUGCAAGA